AUGGGAGGCUUCGAUUACCUCCAAAAAGGAGGGACAGGCUUUACUCUCCAAGUAAAAAAGCCUCAGAUUCGCCGAGUAGUUCAAACGCGCCCUGCUGCCCCUUCUCCCUCCGCAAACAAGGCGACGCCUCGAACUGUUCCCUCCGGGCCUCAAAAGAAAACUCCAGAGACAGCCAGUCGGUCAGUUACGGGAGAAAGAGGCUUUUCACCUUCAAAGCGACGGCUGACACCAUUACGCAACCGUAAGCGCCCGACUCCUGAACAGCGGCUGUCCAGUGACGAUGACGAUGACGGAAGCGAUACGGAUACUUCUCUCGAACUACGUAAACGUGCGAGAACUGGCGAAAGUGCAGAACCGGAUUAUGGGAGACGGCUGCGCUCACUGAAGGCAUUCUCUGGCGACGAGACGAGGUCACUUCCCAUUGUACACGCUUCGGAGAUCACGUCUGUGCAGAAGCCGGGAAAGUUCAAGCCAGCUUUCGAGAAUAUGAACCAGACUUCCGAAAUAUUUCUUCAAUAUCCCAGUGCGACGCCAAAAGAAAGAUAUGAAGCUGUGGUUCCACGCGACGACGACGAAUUUAAGCCCCUCGACGAUAUUGUUCAGGUUAUCGAAACAGUAACUCAAGCGUAUAUACCAGAAGACGAACUGGACGAAUUCAAUAAUGAGUCUACGGGAAUCAAACGAAGAUUACGGCGAGCGCUGGCGCGGGGUUCUGAGCGUGAGUUUCGCGAGUCGGUGAAAGACUACAAUGUUGCGAUUGAGCGGCUCCGACGAAGCGGUAGUAUCGCGAAAAAAUUGGACGCCACCUAUCGGCUCAGUCUUCCGCACGUGGAACGCAUCCUAACUCAGAUCUACUCCCGAACAGUAUCCCCGCGGGUUGAUUCUCUUCGGCAGUACGAGAACGGAACGGACAAUGUCUACGGAGAACUUCUCCCUCGAUUUAUUAGCACGAUUUUCAAGGAAACCGGGCUAAAGUCAAACCAUGUUUUUGUUGAUCUCGGCUCGGGUGUUGGUAAUGUGGUCCUGCAAGCAGCUUUGGAGAUUGGCUGUGAGAGCUGGGGUUGUGAAAUGAUGCAGAACGCAUGCGAUCUCGCGGAGCUUCAACAAGCGGAAUUCAAGGCACGUUGUCGGUUAUGGGGUAUCGCUCCAGGCAAAACACAUCUUGUACGAGGCGAUUUUCUCAAGGAACAGAGUAUCAUCGACGUACUAAAAAGAGCCGACGUCGUUUUAAUAAACAACCAAGCGUUUACCCCCCAACUCAAUAACGAGCUCAUCAACCAUUUUUUGGAUAUGAAAGAGGGAUGCCAGAUCGUCUCUCUCAAAUCUUUCGUCCCUGUCGGUCAUAAGAUUCAGUCACGGAAUCUCAACUCACCUAUCAACCUUCUGACAGUGAAACAGAGGCAGUAUUGGUCUAACAGCGUCAGUUGGACAGACGUUGGAGGCUCUUAUUUCAUCGCGACCAAAGACAGUUCUCGACUCAAGGCUUUUUCGGAAAGCCUGGCUUAA